CAAGCUGAAAAAAGGUUUAAAAGGUUCUUGUAUUCAUUGGAAGAUUGCAAAGAAUUUGUUUGGAAUAUUGAAGAGGAUUUCAAGCCUGUUCCAGAUACCUGGAUUCCCGCAAAGGACAUAGAGUUCUCUAAUGGCAAUCCUUUGCCCGAUGAAAAUGGACAUAUGCCAGGUUGGGUGCCUGUGGAGAAAAAUAGUAAGCAGUAUUGCUGGCACUCAUCUGUUGUAAAUUAUGAGGCUGAAAUAGCGCUGGUAUUGAAACGCCAUGCUGACCCAGGGCUUCUGGAAAUCAGUCCAGUGCCGUUAUCAGAAAUUUUGGAACAAACAUUGGAGCUCAUUGGGACUAAUAUUAAUGCAAAUCCAUAUGGAUUAGGAAGCAAGAAGCAGCCUGUACAUCUUCUUGUACCACAUGGAGCAUUUGAAAUAAAGAAUCCACCUACUUUGAAACAAAAUGACAUACUGUCUUGGUUUGAAGGCUGCAGUGAGGGUAAAGUUGAAGGAAUUGUGUGGCACUGCCAUGAUGGGUGUUUAAUCAAGCUCCAUCGCCAUCAUCUUGGUUUACGCUGGCCACUUGCAGAGACAUACCUGAAUUCUCAGCCUGUUGUAAUUGCUUUUAAUAGAACUAAAUAUGACUGUGACUUUGAACCAAAGAGUUUGUUUCACCAUUUUUCAAACUUGGAUGGUCAAAGAUUUGACAGACUCAAAGAUAUCAAGUUUGAUGCUUGAAAUUAGUUUUCUUUUUUAAGUUAAUUGUCGUAUGUGCUGCAUUCCUCUUACUUGUGUCUACCACAGAACUCUUUCCAAAUAAUCUUUUAGCUUAGGCAGCAGCCUAGGUACUGUACGAUUUUAAGUUUUUCCUAAAUGACUAAGUUUAUAUAAUGAGAGAUCUGACAUUCAGAGCAGACAUCUAGCUUUCAGCAUGCUUAUUUUCAGUUCUGAAAAAUCCUUAGCUUUU